GCCUGCGCGCGCUGGAGUCAGGGGUUACGGCGGCGUCGGCUGUGGCGGGAAACGCUGUUUGAAGCGGCAGGAUGGAUGGCAAGCGGCGGCCAGCCCCGGGAAGCGGGAUGCCCCCAAAGCGGGCCCGUGGGGGCCUCUGGGACGAGGAUGACACGCCCCGGCCAUCUCAGUUUGAAGAGGAGUUGGCGCUGAUGGAGGAAUUGGAGGCAGAGUGCAGGCUACAGGAGCAGGAGGAAGAGGAGCUACAGUCGGCCGCCCAGCGGGCUGUGGAUGGGCAGUUCUCCGAAUCAGCUGUAGAUCCUCGCUGGCGUCGGCCUUCCCCACCGCCCCUGGAUCCCCAGAUGGAGCCCCUCAUCUUUCAGCAGUUAGAGAUUGACCAUUACGUGGGCCCAGCCCGGACCCUCCCUCUUCCUGGAACACCCCCAGCCUCCCGCGGCUCUGUGCCUGUGCUCCGUGCCUUCGGGGUCACCGACUCCGGUGUCUCUGUCUGCUGCCACAUCCAUGGUUUUGCGCCCUACUUCUAUGCCCCAGCGGUCCCUGGUUUCGGGCCUGAGCACUUAGCUGAGCUGCAGCAGGAGCUGAGCAGCGCCAUCAGCCGGGACCACCGGGGUGGGAAGGAGCUCACAGGACCCCCCGUCCUGGCGGUGGAACUCUGCACCCGUGAGAGCAUGUUCGGGUACCAUGGGCACGGCCCCUCCUCAUUCCUGCGCAUCACGCUGGCCCUGCCUCGCCUCAUGGCUCCUGCCCGCCGCCUCCUGGAGCAAGGCAUCCGUGUGUCGGGCCUGGGUACCCCCAGCUUCGCGCCCUACGAGGCCAAUGUGGACUUUGAGAUCCGGUUCAUGGUGGACGCGGACAUCGUUGGCUGUAAUUGGCUGGAGCUCCCGCCAGGGAAAUAUAUCCUGAGGCCCCAGGAGAAGGUCACGCUGUGUCAGCUGGAAGCGGACGUGCUGUGGUCUGACGUGGUCAGUCAUCCCCCAGAAGGACCUUGGCAGCGGAUCGCACCCUUGCGUGUACUCAGCUUUGACAUCGAGUGUGCUGGCCGCAAAGGCAUCUUUCCUGAGCCGGAACGGGACCCUGUGAUCCAGAUCUGCUCACUGGGCCUGCGCUGGGGUGAGCCUGAGCCCUUCCUGCGUCUGGCGCUCACCCUGAAGCCCUGCGCCCCGAUCCUGGGUGCCAAGGUGCAGAGCUACGAGAGCGAGGAGGAGUUGCUCCAGGCCUGGUCCAGCUUCAUCCAAGCCAUGGAUCCUGACGUGAUCACGGGCUACAACAUCCAGAACUUCGACCUUCCCUACCUCAUCUCCCGGGCCCAGACCCUCAAGGUGCAUAACUUCCCUUUCCUGGGUCGAGUGUCUGGGCUCCGCUCCACCAUCCGCGACUCAUCCUUUCAGUCGAAGCAGACGGGGCGGCGAGACAGCAAGGUGGUCAGCAUGGUGGGCCGUGUGCAGAUGGACAUGCUGCAGGUACUGCUGCGGGAAUACAAGCUGCGCUCCUACACGCUCAACGCCGUGAGCUUCCACUUCCUGGGCGAGCAGAAGGAGGACGUGCAGCACAGUAUCAUCACAGACCUGCAGAAUGGGAACGAGCAGACGCGCCGCCGCCUAGCUGUGUACUGCCUCAAGGACGCCUUCCUGCCGCUGCGGCUGCUCGAGCGCCUCAUGGUGCUGGUCAACGCCGUGGAGAUGGCGCGUGUCACUGGCGUGCCCCUUGGCUAUCUGCUCAGCCGCGGCCAGCAGGUCAAGGUGGUAUCCCAGCUGCUUCGGCAGGCCAUGCGCCAGGCACUGGUGAUGCCGGUGGUGAAAACCGAGGGAGGUGAAGACUACACUGGCGCCACGGUCAUCGAGCCGCUCAAAGGGUACUAUGAUGUGCCCAUUGCUACCCUGGACUUCUCCUCACUGUACCCGUCCAUCAUGAUGGCCCACAAUCUGUGCUACACCACUCUGCUGAGGCCCGGUGCUGCCCAGAAACUGGGCCUGACCUCAGAGCAGUUCAUCAAGACGCCCACCGGGGACGAGUUUGUGAAGACGUCGGUGCGGAAGGGGCUACUGCCACAGAUUCUGGAGAACCUGCUCAGCGCCCGGAAAAGAGCCAAGGCAGAGCUAGCCAAGGAGACAGACCCCCUGCGCCGACAGGUCCUGGAUGGGCGGCAGCUGGCGCUGAAGGUGAGCGCCAACUCCGUGUACGGCUUCACCGGCGCUCAGGUGGGCAAGCUACCAUGCCUGGAGAUCUCACAGAGCGUCACUGGGUUUGGGCGCCAGAUGAUAGAGAAAACAAAGCAACUGGUGGAGUCCAAGUACACGGUGGAGAAUGGCUACAGUGCCGAUGCCAAGGUGGUAUACGGCGACACCGACUCUGUCAUGUGCCGAUUUGGUGUUUCCUCGGUGGCCGAGGCCAUGACUCUAGGGCGGGAGGCUGCUGACUGGGUGUCGGGCCAUUUCCCCCAGCCCAUCCGGCUGGAGUUUGAAAAGGUCUACUUCCCAUACCUGCUCAUCAGCAAGAAGCGCUAUGCCGGCCUCCUCUUCUCCUCCCGCCCGGAUGCCCAUGACCGGAUGGACUGCAAGGGCCUGGAGGCCGUGCGGAGGGACAACUGUCCCCUUGUGGCUAACCUUGUCACUGCCUCACUGCGCCGCCUGCUCAUUGAUCGAGACCCAGCCAGCGCCGUAGCGCAUGCCCAGGAUGUCAUCUCGGACUUGCUGUGCAACCGUAUCGACAUCUCGCAGCUGGUCAUCACCAAGGAGCUGACCCGCGCCGCUUCUGACUACGCGGGCAAGCAGGCCCACGUGGAGCUGGCCGAGAGGAUGAGGAAGCGGGACCCCGGGAGCGCGCCUAGCCUGGGCGACCGAGUCCCCUACGUGAUCAUCGGGGCCGCCAAGGGCGUGGCUGCCUACAUGAAGUCUGAGGACCCUCUGUUCGUGCUAGAGCACAGCCUGCCCAUCGACACACAGUACUACCUAGAGCAGCAGCUGGCUAAGCCUCUGCUCCGCAUCUUCGAGCCCAUCCUGGGCGAGGGACGGGCCGAGGCCGUGCUGCUACGGGGGGAGCAUACCCGCUGCAAGACAGUGCUCACAGGCAAGGUGGGUGGCCUGCUGGCCUUUGCCAAGCGCCGCAGCAGCUGUAUUGGCUGUCGCACCGCACUCGACCACCAGGGUGCCGUGUGCAAGUUCUGCCGUCCGCGGGAGUCUGAGCUCUAUCAGAAGGAGGUGUCCCACCUGAACGCCCUGGAGGAGCGCUUCUCGCGCCUGUGGACGCAGUGCCAGCGAUGCCAGGGCAGCUUGCACGAGGAUGUCAUCUGUACCAGUCGGGACUGCCCCAUCUUCUACAUGCGCAAGAAAGUGCGGAAGGAUCUUGAGGAGCAGGAGAAGCUGCUGCGGCGAUUUGGACCCCCGGGCCCUGAGGCCUGGUGAUC